AUGACGCCCGGCACCAGAGAGGUCUUCGACUUCGACAUGCACUUCAUGGACGAGUUCCUGAACAUGACAGACCCUCCACUAAUGGAGGAUAUGAAAAUGGACUUCGGAAACGUUGAGGAACUUACCCCGAUCGUGCCAGACUACGACGCCUGGGCAUUGCAGCUCUCUCACGCCCCAACGUUCCAGGAUGACAGCACCAUGUCAAGCCCGCCAGCUAUGGUUUUUCCUCAACGAAUUACUUACAUGUACGAGCAGCCUUCGCUCGCUCAGACCAGUCCAGAGAUGUUGAUGCUGCGCUUCGAUCGACUGACCUGUGGCAUCCUUUCGAUCAAAGAUGGACCAAACGAGAACCCUUGGCGUACGUUGAUUUGGCCCAUGGCUCAGACUUCACCAGCACUGUACCAUGCCAUCUCCUCCAUGACCGCAUUCCACUCCUCUCGUGAUAUUCCCGCUUUGCGUGUGGCAGGACAUGAGCACAAGAGUGAGAGCGUACGAAACUUGCUGGAGGGCAUCGAGGAGAGUACCAUGAACCUUGACACAGCCAUUGCUACCACGUUGGCCUUGGCCUUCGCAGAGACUUGGGAUCAACACCUGUCGAGUGGCAACGACCAUAUUCAAGGUGCCCGUGCCAUGAUCAACAUCGCCUUGAACCAGCAUAAGCAGUCGGCUCUGACAGGCUUGAAUCUUGCCAGACUCAAGUUCCUUGCUAACGCCUGGAUUUAUCUGGAUGUUCUCUCCCGCGUGACUACUGCAGACGAGGAUACAUCUGACGACUACGACAACCUUUGGUGCCUUUACAGUACACCAGACAGUCCUAGUGUGGGUCCAUCAGGUCAUGCAGGUUUCGGAAUCGACUUUGGUAUGCCCAUCGACUCCAAUCUUGAUCCUCUGAUGGGUUGUGCAAGCACUCUGUUCCCGUUGAUCGGUCGUACAGCGAACCUUAUCCGUCGAGUGUAUCGCGCGGAGUCCAACUCGCCUCCCAUGAUUAGUCAAGCCAUGGAACUCAAGCUUAUGCUUGAGACGUGGGAACCGCCAGCUUUUGUUGAGCCGCCAGAGGAUCCCACAUGUGACGUCCGUCAUGCUUUGCAAACGGCAGAGGCAUAUCGAUGGGCCACUCUUCUGUACCUGCACCAAGCACUACCCGAAAUCCCCGAACGCCUCACAACGGCAGACAUGGCAAAGAAGGUGCUCGUGUUCUUGGCCACCGUUCCUCUCGCCAGUCGCUGUGUCAUCAUCCAUGUCUACCCUCUCUUCAUGGCAGGCUGUGAAGCCGACGUGGAGGAGGAUAGGCAGUGGAUCAAAAGCCGCUGGGCUGCCAUGUCACAACGCAUGAGAAUCGGCAUCAUUGACAAGUGUGUCGAUGUCAUGGAAGAGGUUUGGCGCAGAAGGGACGAGUACAAGAACAAGGUCCUUCCCAACAAGACCGUGCCUGUGAAACGAAAUCUGGCUGCAAAUGCAAACUUGCAUUCGGCUGCAGGCAAUAGUCGACCAGCAUCAAACAGGCGUGGCUCAUCCUUCAACAGCAUCGCAGGUGCAAGCGAGGGCACUAUGGCUUGGGCGAACAAACUGCGCCGAAUGACUGCGAGUGAUCCGGAUCAAAUGGAUUCAGCGUCCAUCUCAUGCCGAGGAUCUCGCGACGCAGUGAAUGGUGCGACAGGCACACUGCUCACAGUUCGCGGAAGGUUGCAUUGGAUUGGUGUGAUGAAAGAUUGGGGUUGGGAAGGUAAGUUUUCUCGCAAGGAAAGUCCGAGUCUCCGCAUGAGCUGA